UAUAUCUCUGAAUCUAUGGGCUUCAUCCAGGAUUGCUGAUUGAGAGACUUUAGUGGUUUCUGUGGAUUGGUCAUUUAAUGUACCAAAGGCAACGCAGCGUGUACAAGUUGAGAUUUUGGGGCCACUUUUGACAAGUUGUUCUCCACAAUGGGAGUUUUGCUGUAUGAAGCGUACCAUUUCUCCAUAAUCCAUUGACGACCGCCAGCUUUGGAGUGGAUGUGGAUGUAAAAGUUGUCAUGGCGUUUACGUUGUGGACUUUAUUCGAAGCCUCUCUUUUAUGUUUAAAUGCUGUCUGCGUUCUACACGAAGAAAGAUUCCUUGUAAAAGUUGGCUGGGGUGCACAACAGAACAUUCAAGGAUUCGGAGAAGCACCGACGAUCAAAUUCCAACUAUUGAAUCUUGUGCGGUCGAUUAGAACUGUGGCAAAGUUUCCAUUGAUAUUCCUGAAUAUUUUGACCAUCGUCGUGAAGCUGAUACUUGGUUGAAGUUAUAAGAACGAUAUUUGGUAUGUGGUUCGCAUGUUAUGUGAUAAAAAUGGAAUAACUGUUCGUUAGUAACAGUUCCAAACCAAAUAAUCUUAAGUACAAUUAAGUUUGAAAUGGUAAACGUUAUUUUUUCACGUGAACUUUAUUAAACCUAGAUCUUUAUACCGUAAGUGUACCUUCGAAACGUAUAAUUUAUAAGAAUCAAUGGAAUGUGAUUAUUUGGUAUUGUUGAUAUGUAAAUAAAAGAUCUCCGGAAGUACUUUUAACGCU